AUGUCUUCCCAUGCCCGUAACCUUCGCAUUGCCUCAGAGAUCCGUCGCGCUGACUGUUUAGCCGACGUCCCUUGCAACCGCUGCUUCUUUGAAGAUCACAAGUGUUAUAUCAUGCCUGAUGAGUCUCGCCGUUUGAAGUGUGCUGAGUGCACCCGAGCUGGCAAACCAUGUGUUAACAUGUCUUGGGCGUCUCUCGAUCGGACAAGGGAGGAGUAUGAAAAGAAAGUUCAGGAGGAUGAGGCUUUGUUGGCAACAGUUAUCUCAAGGCUGCUGAGAAAUAAGAAAAUCCUGAAACAGGCGAAUGAGUGUGCUAAGGCAAAAGCAAUGUGCCUGGCGUCGGAGAUGAUUGAGUCUGGCGAAUUGGAUAUGGCUGAAGAUAUCGUCGAUUGUCCCGUGAGGACAAUUGGUAUGAGUCUGUCUCCCACUGUGUGGACUACUCUUGGGUAUAUCGAGGAUGCCGUUGAGAGGCAUAGUACUCCGCUAGUCGUUCCUGGCAGUUCUUGA